UGGGAGCUCUAACAUCGUAAAGGAACAUAGUAACUUAUCCACGUUUUUGAAAUUUAUAUAUAAGUACAAGUCAAUAUCUUUAAUAUAGAAAGCUGAUAUUAAUGGAAUUAGUUUUGGAAAGCCCCUUAACGAGACAGGAAGUCGACUGCGUGUUGAGCUCUUACGCAGCAGCAGCUGCAUCAACAUGGCCAGAGGAGAGAAAGUGAACUAGUCCUGAUGUCGAAUAAGAGGACAAACUGAAGGAGAACUGCUCUGAUUUUGUGCUGUAGCGUUCUAUAUACGAACAGAGCGCACUCGCCUCGUCCUCUGCUGAGUUACAAUGUUCACUUUAAGGAGAAUUAGACUGACCGCAGCUGUGGCAGCAGCGCGGCCGUGCGUUAACGUUACGGUUAGGAGCGUGAACGGAGCCAGAUUAGGAAACUUUGCCAGAGGCUUCUCGUCCUCCGAGCCCGACGAGGAAUCGGGCAAAGCCCAAAAUGAUGUAUACGACAUAAUAAUAUCCGGCGGAGGCAUGGUGGGGACCGCUAUGGCAUGCUCUCUUGGCUUUGAUCCAAAUUUGCAAGGCAAAAAGAUUCUUCUGCUGGAAGCUGGUCCUAAGAAAGAGAUGGACAGGGCACCUGAGGUGUACAGCACAAGGGUCAGCUCUAUCAGCCCUGGUUCAGCAACACUCCUGAGCGGUCUUGGCGCUUGGGAUCAUAUUGUCAAUUUGAGAUGCAAACCCUACCAAAAAAUGCAGGUUUGGGAUGCCUGUUCAGAUGCCCUGAUUACGUUUGAUAAGGAGAAUCUGCAGGACGAGAUGGCGUACGUCGUAGAGAACGAUGUCAUCGUGGCCGCUCUGACUAAACAGCUGCAGACGCUCUCUGAACAAGUUGAAGUGCAGUACAGAACAAGAGUGGUAAAGUACACCUGGCCCAGGCCUUACCAAGUUGCUGACUCCAUUCCUUGGGUGCAAGUGACUUUAGCCAGUGGACAGACUUUGCAGACCAAGCUGCUGAUUGGGGCUGACGGACCCAACUCCAUGGUGCGGAGGGAGGCAGGGAUCCCCACUGUCAAGUGGAAUUAUGACCAGUCUGCUGUAGUAGCUGUUCUGCAUUUAUCUGAGCCCACUGAGAACAACGUGGCAUGGCAGAGGUUCCUCCCAACAGGACCUAUCGCAAUGCUCCCGUUGUCAGACGCAGAGAGCUCCUUGGUCUGGUCCACCAGCCACCAGCAUGCAGAAGAACUCCUGCAGAUGGAUGAGGAGAGCUUUGUGGAUGCCAUCAACUCUGCGUUUUGGAGUAAUGAGAACCAGUCUGAUCUGAUAGAGGCUGCCGGCUCUCUGUUUCGCACUGCCCUGUCCGUCCUCAUGCCCGACGGUACCUCCACCCGCCAGCUUCCGCCCAGCGUGGCAGGCAUUGGUCCAAAGAGCCGGGUCAUGUUCCCUCUGGGCAUGGGCCAUGCCUCUGAGUACAUCCGCCACAGAGUGGCCCUAAUUGGAGAUGCUGCACAUAGAGUGCACCCUUUAGCAGGCCAAGGUGCCAAUCUAGGUUUUGGGGAUGUGGCCUGUCUGACACAGGUGCUAAGCCAAGCAGCAUUUAAUGGGAAAGACCUUGGGGCCAUGCAGCACCUGCUGGAAUAUGAGACUGAGCGGCAGAGGCACAACCUGCCCAUGAUGGCUGCCAUCGACCUCAUGAAGAGGUUGUACUCCACCAAUGCUGCCCCCAUGGUGCUGCUGAGAACCUUUGGCCUGCAAGCUACCAAUGCACUACCACCCCUCAAAGAGCAGAUUAUUGCAUAUGCCAGCAAGUAAAAAACUGUUUGCAUGCAGGCAGUUGUGUAUUGGGACUACAAUAUGGCAAAGCAACUUUGCCCCUUCAAUGUAAAAGUGUAAAUUAAUAAAUUUAUAUUUUAAGUC